GGCGGGGCGGCGGCGGCGGGAUGGAGCCGGCGCGGGAGCCGCGCGGCGGGCGCUCAGGUGCAGGCAGCGACAGUUUCAGCCAUCAGAAAAGAAGCACCAGAAAUACGGAGUUAUCAGGCCCUAGCUUCUCCUCGCCAAAAGUUGACAUUAAACUGCAGGAAAAUAGAGAAAUGGUUGGAGCGUACGCUCACACUUGAUUCAUCGCGGUGCUCUCAGACCUGAUACAGAUGCUUGGCAGCUCCAACUUCAGCAGCUUCGCUCAGUGGGUCAGUCGUCGCGGGCGAAAAGGUCACGUUACCUUUCGAUCUAAUGCAGAUGCCCUCACUCUGGAGACCAGGACCUGUGCCAAAAUAUUGAAAGAAUACAGGUGGAGAGAGUGGAGUUAUGUUUCCAAAACUGGAGGGAGAAUUUCCUUGGCAUCAGUAACCUACUGAGACAACUUUCAAGCUCAGAAUGGAGCUGGUGAACAGGCAAGAUCCCUACCUCCAAAGGGUCCUGAGGUUUGCAGUGCGUUGCAGAGCCCUGACACUUCUGCUGCAGGCUCUGUUUAACCUCCUGAUCCCAGAUCAUGCUGCAGAUGCCUUCUCCCCACCUCGCCUGUCCGAGCCUGGCCUUUGCGACCUGCUCCUGGAAUGGCUUUUGGGAGGCCUCUCGCGCUGGGAUGCGGAGCACUUCCUAUUCAUCGCUGAGCGAGGCUACCUGUACGAGCACAACUUUGCCUUCUUCCCAGCGUACCCCCUGAGCGUGCGUGCCGUGGCAGAAGUUGCUCUGUGGCCCCUGCAGCGGCUGCUGUGUUUGCGGAGCCGCCUGCUGCUGUCAGCUGUACUCCUUAACUCUCUCUUCUCUCUCCUGGCAGCAGCUGCCCUGUAUAAGCUGGGCUGCGUUGUGCUGCGGUGUCGCAGGGUGGCUUUCCUUGCUGCCAUUCUGUUUUGUAUCAGCCCUGCCAACGUAUUUAUGGCAGCUGCUUACUCAGAGAGCAUGUUUGCCUUCCUGGCAUUCAGUGCCAUGUGGCAACUGGAGAAGGGGCAGAGCUGGCUCAGUGGACUGCUCUUCUCCCUUGCUGCUGGGGUGCGUGCCAAUGGGCUUAUCAAUGCUGGCUUCUUUAUCUACUCCCGCAGUAAAUGCUUUGCCCUCCAGCUCCAGGUGGGUUCAGGACUGGUAAGAAAGCUUCCUCCAUUCUGGAAGCAACUCCUUAGCUUGGCAUCUUCGAUCAUUCUGAUGUGUGCUGGGAUCUUUCUGCCAUUUGUUUUAUUUCAGUAUUAUGCCUACAUGAGGUUUUGUGCUCCUGGCACCGGCCUGCAGCAGAGUGUUCCCAAGCCCCUGCUGCAGCUAGCUCUGGACAAGGGCUAUCGUUUAGCAGCAAUGAAUAGGCUUAAACCCCCUUGGUGUUCACAGCGGCUCCCUUUGGUAUAUUCCUAUAUUCAAGAGGCUUACUGGAAUGUAGGCUUUCUAAGGUAUUUUGAGCUCAGACAGGUACCGAAUUUCUUGCUUGCUUUGCCUGUCACACUUCUGGGCUCAUGGGCUGCCUGGACCUACCUCACUGCAAACCCACGGCACUGCCUAACUCUUGGUCUAGAGAGGAGAAAGAAUGAAGAAGGACGAGGAGAGAGUAAACCAGGAACUGGAUUUUGCUGCCCUGCUGUCUUGGUGUACGUGGUCCAUGCCACAGUCCUGCUGCUGUUUGGAGUCUUCUGCAUGCACGUGCAGGUUCUAACGAGGUUCCUUGGUUCCUCCACGCCAAUCCUGUACUGGUUCUCUGCUCACCUGCUUCAAGAAUACGAACCUUUGCUCUGGAGUGAAGGGACUGAUAAUCCAAGUACAGCAUCUCCCUCUGAUAAGUCUGUUUUAGGUAACUCUCUUGCUGGCUCCUAUGAGAAAGGGAUUUCUGAAAACCCCAUUGGGAGAUUACUGCUCAACUAUAGAUUAAGUACCCCCCUCACCAAAUGCAUUCUUGGAUACUUCCUGUCCUACUGGCUACUGGGACUGAUCCUGCACUGCAACUUCUUGCCUUGGACAUAGCUAGCAAUUGGGAGAAUCUAUUUCUACAGGCUGGUAGAGGGGCAGACGUACAAGUCAGAAGCAGAGCUCACUUCUUCUGAAAAUGUAAUGGUGCUAUUACGUCAAUUGUAAAGAUUAUAAGGCUGUUUUACGCAAUUACUAAUAGCUCAGUUACAGA